AUGAGGCUCACGAACCGGCCCUCAGUGCCGUCCCUUAGAGGAGGUGGUUCUGAGACCUACUGGAGGCAGCGGCAGAUGCGGUCCCUUAGAGGAGGUGGUUCUGAGACCUACUGGAGGCAGCGGCAGAUGCCGUCCCUUAGAGGUGGUGGUUCUGAGACCUACUGGAGGCAGCGGCAGACAUUUGGCCACAACGAGUGUCCGGACCCUGGCGUCCCUCUGAACGCCAGACGGUUCGGGGACAGCUUCCAGCUGGGUAGCUCUGUCUCUGUGGUCUGUGAGGAGGGUUUCAUCAAGACCCAGGGCACUGACACUAUCACCUGCCAGCUGGAGGGGGGCAAGGUCAUGUGGAGCGGACCCAUCCCUAAAUGUGAAGCCCCAUGUGGAGGCCACUACUCUGCUCCGUCCGGAGUGAUCCUGUCCCCAGGGUGGCCUGGAUACUAUAAGGACUCCCUCAGCUGUGAGUGGGUCAUCGAGGCGACGCCCGGACGCUCUGUCAAGAUCAGUUUUGACAGGUUCCAGACGGAGCUCAGCUAUGACUUCCUGGAGUUGCAUGAUGGUCCCAACCUGCUCUCGCCUCUGAUUGGCUCGUUCAACGGGACCCAGGUCCCACAGUUCCUGUUCAGCAGUAGUAACUUCAUCUACCUCCUCUUCACCACCGACAACAGCAGAUCCAACAGCGGCUUCAAGAUCUUCUACGAGAUCGUGACAUUGGACACAUCGUCAUGCAUGGACCCUGGGAUCCCGGUGAACGGUGUGCGGUAUGGCCAUGACCUGGCCAUCGGGUCCACGGUGUCGUUCCAGUGUGACCAGGGAUACCGGCUCAGUCACGAGGAACCGCUGGUCUGUGGGAAGAACCACUGGUGGAGCCAUCCUCUGCCCACAUGUGACGGUAUGUUAGCCUCUAUAACAGGGGGAUUUACAAUCUGA